AUGUUUCCUUCGAACACUGGUCGUUUGAUCGCCUGUCCAUCACGCGUCUGGACUAUCAUCAGAAUUCAAAAACGAAAUAAUUCUACGAGAAAAUUAACUUCAAGUUAUUAUCAUCAUGCAUCUCCAUUUCGAAUGGUUUAUAAAACAUUGAGUCAGAGCUUCGAUGAAACAGCUGACAAAUAUUCUGAUCAUGAAUGUCUCGUUUUCAAAAGUGAACAAAAACGAUACACAUACAAGACAUUCAAAGAAGAAGUUGAUAAUAUAGCAGCCUCGCUUCUCGACUUAGGCUUUCAAAAGAAUGAUCGUUUUGCUGUUUGGCUUCCAAAUACAUCCGAAAAUGUGACCAUUUCUUAUGCAGCCUCGAAAUUGGGUUUAGUUAAAGUGAAUAUCAAUCCAGCUUACGUUGAACGAGAACUAGAAUAUUGUAUCAAUAAAGUUGGCUGUAAAGGUAUCUUACUUUCACCAUCGACUAAAUCAUUCAAUACACUUGAGAUUUUUCGCCGAUUGGUACCGGAGCUCGGCCAAAGUUUCUCGUCGACUAAUGAGCUUUCAGCUAAAACAGUUCCCACUUUAAAACAUGUGAUUUUAACUGGUACACAAACAUCGAUGCCAGGUGUUCAUUCGUAUGAAGACUUAAUCAAACGAGGUGGUCAACUAUCUCACAAAAGUCUUAUUGAAAGACAAGCAUCGAUUGAUCCUGAUGCACCCUUUGAAAUCUUCUACACUUC